UCGAAAACGUAAGAGGAUCCUCGCGAGGCUUAUUCAAAUUCGCUCCCCACCACGAAGAUCAGCCAGCUUUCACCAUGGGCACCGCGAUGUUUGCUAGGGUGACCUUCUACCCGUCUCUCCUGUACAAUGUGUUCAUGGAAAAGGUAACCAGCAGACGAUGGUACGACAGGAUGGACGACACCGUCAUUCUCGGGGCUCUUCCCUUUCAGGGAAUGACAAAACAGUUGGUGGAAGAAGAGAAUGUUAAAGGUGUAGUCUCCAUGAAUGAGGCUUAUGAGCUGAAGAUAUUCUCCAAUGACGCUGAGAAAUGGCGCGAACACGGUGUCGAGUUCCUUCAGUUGGCGACAACAGACAUCUUCGAGACACCAGACCAGGACAAGUUGUAUGAGGGAGUCAAGUUCAUCAACAGGUUCCUGCCCCCGGGCAACAAGCUGCCCCGGCUGCCGGCGGAGCGCCAGGCUUCCGGCUGCGUGUACGUGCACUGCAAGGCGGGCCGCACGCGAAGCGCCACCCUCGUCGGCUGCUACCUCAUGAUGAAACACGGCUGGUCACCCAAAGAGACAGUUGAUUACAUGAAGGCGCGACGACCACACAUACUGCUCCACACCAAACAGUGGGAGGCUUUACAGAUAUUCCACAAACAACACAUCGAUACGUAGAACAAUAAAUGUAUAUAGUUUGUACCAAUAAUCUAUAUAAAUUAUACCAAUAAUCUAUGUAGAUUGUACCAAUAAUCUUUGUAGAUUGUACCAAUAAUCUAUGUAGAUUGUACCAAUAAUCUAUGUAGAUUAUACCAAUAAUCUUAUAUGGAUCCCUAUCUAGUUAUGUAGGGUGUACCAAUAAAAUAACUGCUAUAGAUAGAACUUAAAGACGACUACGAAAAUUAACAUUUAUACACCUUCAGUACCAUGUCACAUUAAACUUAUUUGAAAAAUUUAACCAAGUCAAAAUGAAAGAAUGUUAAUGGUACAUGUCUGUACGUAUUAAUAUAAAUUAAUAUUUACAUUUUAUAACUGCUGUUACUAAAGUAUCCGAAUUGUUCUAAUGUUAAAAUGAAUUUUUAAUUUAUCAUUGUUGUAUCGGCGAGGGUAUAGAGUUUAGGCAGAGAAUAAAAUAUAAUAUGUACUCUUUCAGUCCCGCACCAAUGAGGCUAAAAACUGGAAGCUCAAAUGUAGGCGGCAGCACUGUUGAGUGUUCCUAAAUUUUGACAGUUCUCCAUACUGCCCAGCUAAAAUUCGUGAUAAAUUGCUAUAAAAUGUGGGGGAACAUGGAGUGUAUCCCGUCUGAAAAAUCAGGUACAAAGAAACAGCAGCCACUUGGAUUCUUCUUUCCGAUCUUUAAAUAUAACACUAUAUUUUUGCAGUUAAACUACGCGCAAAGGGUUAUAGUGUAAAAAUAUAUCCGAAACAAUGUUUGUUGGGGAACUGUCAAAAUUUAAGAACACUUAACAGUAGCGCCACCUGAUGGGAGAAAUAGGCAGUUUUUAUCCACAAUAUUCGUAUCGGAUGCAGAGAUAGAUUUACUAGACGUCAUUUGUCGGGAGAAGUUGUCGUUUCACCUCCCCUUACGUUCGUUGCGCGAUCGAAACAUUGGCCCCGAUUCCUGCAGACACCGCCUAAUUUUAUUUAAAGUUAUAUCCGUCAUUUUCAUAUCCGUCGAAAAGGAAAGGGACGGAUGAUUCACAGCUCUUAAUUUUAGGAAGAAUGAGUGAAUGAAUGAAUAACCCGGGCGAAUCAAAAGGUACGUCGCUGGUAUGCAAUCCGUUUGACGUGCUGUCUACUUAACUGUGUCGGGUUAUUGACGGAUGUAAAAUUUUUAGACGGUUGGUUUAGAUUUGUGCUUAAAAUUGACGUGUGUUCCAUAAAUUUUAUGCUUGUCGAUUACCCGUCCCUUUCCUUUUCGGCAGAUAAGAAAAUGACAGAUAUAACUUAAAAUAAAAUUAGAUGGUAUUUACAGGAAUUAGCACCAUUAUCCACCUUACAAAUAAAAAAUAAACCAGGGAUGAACGUGAGGAGCGCGGUAGCGCAGCGGUAAACGCGCUCGGUCUGCGAUUGUCGAAGUUAAGCAACUUUCGCAAAGGCCAGUCAUAGGAUGGGUGACCACAAAAAAAAGUUUUCAUCUCGAGCUCCUCCGUGCUUCGGAAGGCACGUUAAGCCGUUGGUCCCGGCUGCAUUAGCAGUCGUUAAUACCCAUCAAUCCGCACUGGGCCCGCGUGAUGGUUUAAGGCCCGAUCUCCCUAUCCGUCCAUAGGGAAGGCCCGUGCCCCAGCAGUGGGGACGUUAAUGGGCUGGUGAUGAUGAACGUGGGUUUCAGCCAAGCAAAAUUCAAUCGAAUUGUAUGAUAAUUGGAUUCAAUUUUGCUUGGCUGUCAAAUACUUAAACCCACGUUCAUCCCUGGUUUAUUUUUUAUUUGUAAGGUGGUAAACUUUCAACUUAACGAACCUCUGAUCUGUCGGGAUAAGUGUGUGAUAGCAAUACCCUUCAAAUUAAUUAUUGUUUAAUUGCCUUCUGGGCGAGCGAGCUCCAUCUUAGGCCUCGUCAAUGCCUUCGAGCAAGUCUGGAGCCAAGAGGAAACCCAUCAAAGAUAAAAAAAAAAACAUAUUAAACUACCAAAACAAUUAUCAGUGAGUAGUUCUUUCUGUGAUGAGCUUUUAGUUCAUGUUUUAAUGUUACCUUCUUUUAAAAAUGUUAAGCAACUAACUGAGGAAAGUAAUGGUGUUGAUUCCUGUACAGUCAUGAGCAAUCAUGUACCCACUUUAGAACCCUGUCGCACUAUCAUAUUUGUCAUUUAAUUAGACUUCGGUUUAAAUUGACAAAAAAGUGAAUGUGACAUGGUUUCAAAGUGUAUACAUAUUAGUACCCGUGACCGUAGACACCAUCUAAUUUUAUUUUAAGUUAUACCUGUCAUUUUCUUAUCCGCUUAAGAAGAAAGGGACGGGUAAUCAACAGGCAUUAAUAUGCAACACACGUAAAUUCUAGGUAGAAAUUUAAAAACUGCCAAAAUUUUAUAUCGGCCAAUAACCCGACAGAGUUAAGUUGACACACGUCAAACGGGUUGCACAUAAGCGAGAUGCCUAUUUUAUUCGCCCGGGUUAUUCUUUCAUUUUAAAAUUGACAGUAGUCAAUCAUCCAUCCCUUUCGGUUUCGGCGGAUAAAAAAGUAUAGGUGUACCUAACUUAAAUUAAAAUUAGGAUGUGUCUGCAGGACUUGGGACCAUUAUCUGUGAGAGGUAAGUAGCCCUGGGCAUUAAAGAUUACUACGUAUAGAACGGUCAGUCUGCGCCCCGCACCAAUUAGUAUCGGGCGCCGAUUUCACCCCCUCUAGGUCUUAAAACGCCGUAGAGAAUUAGAGAGAGAAGUGUGGACUAUGUGUCUCGCUCACACUUACGCCGGGCUUCCACUGAUGCGGAGAUAGGCGGAGAAGAGCGGAGAUGUGCGGAUUUGACCAAUCACAGCGUUCGAGAGAGCGAAAAACGAAGACGCUCUGUCACUCUCUCCCUCACAGUGAUUGGUCGAUUCCUGCACAUCUCCGCGUCAAUGGAAACGCAGCCUUAUGCGUUAGGUGGCACCCGAUGAGAAUAAAAUUUUUCUUUGUAGUGCCCGAGUUGUGACUAGGCGUCAGAAAUGAAUAUGAAUUUACAAAGUUAUGAAUUCUUUGAUCGUGAUUUUAAUUCAAUGACCAAAUACGUAUUUUUAUUUGUUUAGUUAAAAUUUUAAAAUGCAUAACUACGUAGAUGACGAAGUAACUUAUAUAAUUGAAAAUAUGACAUCUUUUUGGCCUAAAGGUCUAUGUAACCAGGCCAAAAAUUCCAAAAAAAAAAUGAAAAUAUGACGGAUCGAAUGUUGCCAAGUCUAAAUAAUUAUAAAAAUAGGAAUUCGUUUUUGUAAUAAAUUAUUUAACUAGUAUCAAAUGCCAAUAAUAGGCUAGUUUCCAACUAGUCAAAUUAGUUACUUUUUUUUGACACGAAACACGAAUUUACCAUGGAAUUUGCAUGAAAAAGCACAGAACGUGAUAAUUAUUAUUAUGUUUUUCUUGAUAAAAAUUCAUAAAUAAGUUUAAAAGAAAAUGUUUUUCGACAGGUUUAGAUUUGUCUUUAUUUAGUAAUCAGAAUUUCAUAAUUUAUCUUUGACCUAGGAAACUACCCAAUUUAUCACGUAAUAUUUUUACGGUAUUAGUAUUUAUAUUAUGUACAGUCAUAAGUAAUACCAUGUACCCACUUUCGAACCCUGUCGCACUAUCAUAUUUGACAUUUAAUGAAACUUAUGGUUUAAUUUGUCAAAAAAGUUAAUGUGACAUGGUAUCAAAGUGUAUACAUAUUAGUACUCGUGACCGUACUGUGUGUUUGUAAAUAAAAGGUAUUUAUUGAAAUACAAUGUUGAAUAUUUUUUUUUAUAUUAAUAAAAUAUUUUACUUGUA